AUGGUGACACACAACACCGUAAGCUUUCCAGGAAACGGCAAUGAGGGUUUUCAACUAGGAGUCAAUGAAGGGACGAUCGGGGACAUUAUUUUCAACCUCAAGGAGGCAAGGGACAGGUGCCUGAACGACCUGCUCUUGACUAACCCCUUCGACGACAAGGAGCGAAUCAAGGACACCAAGGGCGGUCUGCUGGAGGGCUCGUACAAAUGGAUCCUCGACCACUCCGAUUACCGACGAUGGCGCGACGACGACCACAGCCGGCUGCUCUGGAUCAAAGGCGACCCGGGUAAGGGAAAAACCAUGCUGCUGAUCGGCAUCGUCGACGAACUGGAGCGACAGGUUGCUCAGCUCAAGCAGGCUGACCAAUCGACUUCCCAUGCCACCGUCCUCUCAUACUUCUUCUGCCAGGCCACCGACUCAAACCUGAAUAACGCGACCGCGGUGCUAAGGGGCCUGAUCUUCCUCCUCGCCGCUCAACGGCCGUCGCUUACAUCUAAUCUGCGCGAGAAGUACGAACACUCCGGCCCCAAACUCUUCGAGGGUGAGAAUGCGUUCUUCGCUCUGUCCGGCAUCCUCAGCGGUAUGCUGCAAGACCCGAGUUUGAAUGGUGCGGUCCUCAUCAUUGAUGCCCUCGACGAAUGCGAAACAAAUCGACACCAGCUUCUCGACUUCGUGACCAAGCCUUCUCGCGUCAAGUGGAUCGUCUCUAGUCGUAACUGGCCGGACAUCGAGGAGAAACUGGACAAUGCGGAGCAGAAAGUCAGGCUGCACCUCGAGUUGAACAAGGACUUAAUCUCCAAGGCUGUCGACACUUACAUUGGACACAAGGUGGAUCGAUUAGCACGCUAUAAGAAAUACGACAGGGAAACAAGGGAUGCCGUCGAGAGCCACUUAACCUCUAAUGCUGACGGUACCUUUCUCUGGGUCGCCUUGGUCUGCCAAGAGCUUGCAGAUACCAAGGUGGUCCGAAAACGGCACACGCUCUCCAAGUUGAAGUCAUUCCCACCAGGACUUGAUCCCCUCUACAAGCGAAUGAUGGACCAAAUCUCUGAUUCGAAUGAUGCAGGCAUUUUGAAGGAGAUACUGGCUAUUGCUUCGGUCGUAUACCGACCUAUCACCCUGGAGGAAUUGAAGGUUCUUGUUGAGUCGCUCGAGGAGGACGACUACAAUGACCUGCCACAAAUAAUUAGGUCCUGCGGUUCUUUCCUGACUCUUCGAGAAGGUGUUAUCUACUUUGUGCAUCAAUCAGCCAAGGAUUUCCUGCUUAGCAAGGCAUCCGACCAAAUCCUACCCUCUGGCGCCGCGCACCAGCACCAUGCCAUCUUCUUGAGGUCGCUAAAGGCUCUCUCAGAGGCACUCGAACGUGACGUUUAUGAACUGGGCGGCCCGGGGUUUUCCAUCGAUCAGGUCUCACCGCCCAACCCUGACCCAUUGGCUUCGAUACGAUAUUCCUGCGUCUUCUGGGUAGACCAUCUCGAUGACUCGGAACCCUGCGCGAGGAUGAGUGACAAGGACCUACAGGACGCGGAGAUCGUUCACAGCUUCCUUCGAAAGAAGUAUCUAUAUUGGUUAGAAUCUCUCAGUCUGUUACGCAGUAUGUCGGAGGGAGUCAUGGCAGUGCAGAAGCUCGAAGCUUUAGUACGGAAAACCAAGGAAGUGCGACAACUAACGGAACUGUUUCGAGACGCGCGCCGCUUUAUUCUUUCCCACAAGCGGGCCAUCGAGAUUGCUCCAUUACAGGUCUAUGCAUCAGCACUCGUGUUUAGUCCCACCCGCAGCCUGGUCAGAGAAGUCUUCGAAAAAGAAGAGCUGAACUGGAUCACGCUAAAGCCGAGCGUGGAAUCAGACUGGAAUGCAUGCCUGCAGACGCUCGAGGGCCAUGACGAAUCGGUGAACUCAGUGGCCUUCUCGGCGGAUGGCCAGCGGCUCGCCUCGGGCUCGGGCGAUAGGACGGUUAAGGUCUGGGAUGCGGCAACGGGCGCGUGCAUACGGACGCUCGAGGGCCAUGGCGGUUGGGUGACCUCGGUGGCCUUCUCGGCGGAUGACCAGCGGCUCGCCUCAGGCUCGAUCGAUUGGACGGUUAAGGUCUGGGAUGCGGCAACGGGCGCGUGCGUACGGACGCUCGAGGGCCAUAGCGGUUGGGUGGACUCAGUGGCCUUCUCGGCGGAUGGCCAGCGGCUCGCCUCGGGCUCGGGCGAUAGGACGGUUAAGGUCUGGGAUGCGGCAACGGGCGCGUGCUUGCAGACGCUCGAGGGCCAUAGCGAUUGGGUGACCUCGGUGGCCUUCUCGACGGAUGGCCAGCGGCUCGCCUCAGGUUCGCGCGAUAGGGCGGUUAAGGUCUGGGAUGCGGCAACGGGCGCGUGCGUGCAAACGCUUAAGGGCCUUAGUGAUUGGGUGACCUCGGUGGCCUUCUCGGCGGAUGGCCAGCGGCUCGCCUCGGGCUCGCGCGACAGGACGGUUAUGGUCUGGGAUGCGGCAACGGGCGCGUGCGUAGAGACUCUUAAGAGCCAUGGCAAUACGGUGACCUCGGUGGCCUUCUCGGCGGAUGGCCAGCGGCUCGCCUCAGGCUCGAUCGAUAACACGGUGAAGGUCUGGGACGCGGCAACGGGCGCGUGCGUGCAGACGCUCAAGGGCCAUAACGACUCGGUGAACUCGGUGGCCUUCUCGGCGGAUGGCCAGCGGCUCGCCUCAGGCUCGAUCGAUAACACGGUGAAGGUCUGGGACGCGGCAACGGGCGCGUGCGUGCAGACGCUCGAGGGCCAUGGUGGCCGGGUGACCUCGGUGGCCUUCUCGACGGAUGGCCAGCGGCUCGCCUCAGGCUCGGGCGAUAGGGCGGUUAAGGUCUGGGACGCGGCAACGGGCGCGUGCGUGCAAACGCUCGAGGGCCAUAGCGAUUGGGUGACCUCAGUAGCCUUCUCGGCGGAUGGCCAGCGGCUCGCCUCAGGCUCGAUCGAUUGGACGGUUAAGGUCUGGGAUGCGGCAACGGGCGCGUGCUUGCAGACGCUCGAGGGCCAUAGCGAUUGGGUGACCUCGGUGGCCUUCUCGGCGGAUGACCAGCGGCUCGCCUCAGGCUCGAUCGAUUGGACGGUUAAGGUCUGGGAUGCGGCAACGGGCGCGUGCUUGCAGACGCUCAAGGGCCAUAACGACUCGGUGAACUCGGUGGCCUUCUCGGCGGAUGGCCAGCGGCUCGCCUCAGGCUCGAUCGAUAACACGGUGAAGGUCUGGGACGCGGCAACGGGCGCGUGCGUGCAGACGCUCGAGGGCCAUGGUGGCCGGGUGACCUCGGUGGCCUUCUCGGCGGAUGGCCAGCGGCUCGCCUCAGGCUCGGGCGAUAGGACGGUUAAGGUCUGGGAUGCGGCGACGGGAGCGUGCCUGCAGACACUCGAGGCUGGCCGGCCAAUUACCCACCUUUCAUUCGAUCUGAUGACAAACUCUCUCUCUACCGACAUUGGACUUCUGAACCUGGAUCUCCCCGCUCUACCGCCUGCCAUCGAUAAUCAAUCGCCUGACGUACCCUUGCCGGGCGUUCGCCACUCUGGCUGGGGUAUAAGCACCGACGGUGUAUGGGUUGUAAAAGAUGGAAAGGGGAUGCUUUGGUUGCCUCCGGAGUAUCGAGUGAUGGAAUCGGCUGUGGUGGGAUCAACGGUCGCUAUCGGCUGUCGUUCAGGUCGUGUACUGGUGAUGAAGUUUUCGUAG